AUGGAGUUCGCCGAGUACAUCGUACCCAAUCCGAUCGUCAUUCGGCUGGCGUGGGAGCAAGAAUCACUCGAUAACAUCAAACAGUACUACGUCAAGUGCCGCAACCAGGACGAGAAAUUGACAGUUGGUAACCCUACCCAGGAUGGUCACUCAGUAGCGGUACUGUCCGGUGAUCUAACGGUGGAACAACGGUUGGACGCUCUGGAUCGAUUCCGAAAUGGACUAGAGAAGGUACAGAUUAUAACGAACGUUUUGUCCAGGGAUAUCGACGUCGAACAGGUGACCAUUGUCGUCAACCUGCCGAUGGAUCAUCAGGGACGAGCCGAUUGCGAAACGUAUCUACAUCGAAUUAGACGUACCGGUAGAUUCGAACGGAAUCACCAUCAACCUAGUGGGCAGUGA